CUUUGCAAGGACGCUUUAGUACAGAAGUACUGUGACGUGUGCCAUGUUCAUCUAUGCAUCCCUUGUGUAGGAAAACAUAUUUCUGAUGACUACGAUAAACAUAAAGUCGUCCCAUUUCAAAAGAAGAAAUCAAGGUUGAUUUAUCCUAAAUGUGCAAAGCAUCCAACAGAGAGCUGUGAAAUUUAUUGUAAAGAUUGCAAAAUCUCUGUUUGUUCCUUAUGUACAACAACGUCUGAUACACAUAAAGGGCAUGCCAUUUCAACUCUUUCUGAUGUCUGCAGCUCAAAAAAAGAUGACAUUGCAAAAGACGCCGGCAAAGUAGAAAUGAUGGACGUUCCGAAACUGAUUACCACUAUUAUUACUGGGUAAAAAUACCUCCGUAGUGUUAAUUGUAACGGUGACAAAGAAAUCUGGACAUGUGCAUAUGAUAUCAGAGAAUUGAAAUGCUUCUGUAUUCAUUGGUCAGUAAUCAAAACAAUCAAAACUAAAUCUGUGCCAUACGAUAUAGCAUUCAGCAGAAAUGGAGACCUUCUGUAUUCUGGCAGGAAAGCAAAAACAGUAAAUAAAGUAAAGAAUGAAGAGAUAGAAGAAAUAGUCAAAUUUCAGGGAUGGAAACCUUUUAGUCUGUGUGUCACCUGCUCUGGUGAUCUCCUUGUUACCAUGUCCAGUGAUGACGAAACACAAUCUAAGGUUGUCCGAUAUUCAGGAUCCACAGAAAAACAGACGAUCCAGUUCGAUGACGAGGGUAAACCUUUAUAUUCAGGAAGGUACAAAGUUAAGUACAUCAUUGAGAACAGAAACCUGGACAUCUGUGUGGCUGACUGGGAAGCUCAGGCCGUAGUAGUGGUUAAUCAAACUGGAAAACUGCGAUUUAGAUACACUGGACAUGCUUCUACUUCGAAAGAUAAACCGUUCCAACCACAAGGAAUAGCAACAGACAGUCAGAGUCAAAUCUUAACAGCAGAUCUCUCAAAUCAUUGCAUCCAUAUCCUUGACCGGGAUGGACAGUUCCUUCGUUUCAUAGACAACUGUGAUGUGAAGACUCCGUGUGGAAUAUUUGUGGACAAAAAUGACAUGUUGUUUGUUGCUGAGUAUGAUAGUGGGAGCAUUAAGAAAAUUCAGUAUCUAAAGUAAAAAAAGAACAAACGUUCACAUCGCAGGAUUAUUAAAGAAAUGUCC